AUGAGGAUUUCCCCGGUCUUGGUUUGGAUUCUUUUCCCAGGCUGCUGGGCAGUGACAGGCCCUGGGACAGUGCACGGGCCCCUGGGCGGGUUGGUGACUGUGCGGUGCCAGUAUGAGAGAGGCUACAAGGAUUAUCCGAAAUUCUGGUGCAGAGCAAGACCCCUGUGGUGUUCCAGCGGUCACAUCAUUGAGACCCCGGGGUCGGAGGCGGAAGUGAAGCGGGGCAGAGUCUCCAUCCGAGACAAUCACACCCUGAGCGCAUUCACUGUGACCGUGGAGAACCUGACACCGGCAGAUGCUGGCAUGUACCACUGCGGGGUAGAGAGAACUGGGCCUGAUCUCAGGGCCACUGUGGAAGUCACCGUCUCCCCAGCUGUCCAUACCUCCACCUCCACUGGAAGGCCCCCAGCGACAACAGAGCAGCCCAGCGGGGCUGCUUCCACACCCAUUACACUCUCUAUAAGCAUCAACGACACUCAUGCACUGUGA